AUGGACUUGUACGCCUCGGAGAAAAGGAGCAUGUGGGAAGGAUCUCUUUUGGAAGCAAUGCUGGUCAACACUGUUCUUGUUGCUCACAAUUCUCUUGCUCUGCUGCUUUUGGCGACUGGAUCGGUGAUAAAUGAUGUCAAUAUGGCAUCAAAAUUGACUGCUGUCACUGGAAGGUUUCCUUUUGAAGAACUUCUCAAAUUGAAAAAACCUUGUGCGGAAAACAAAGAUGCUAGCGAUACAGAGGAUGAUGAAGACGACAACGAAGAUGAUGAUGAAGUGAAUGACCAGGAUGAUGAGGAGGGAGGAGAUGAGGACUUCUCAGGUGAAGAAGGGGAAGAUGAAGGAGGGGAUCCUGAGGAUGAUCCUGAAGCCAAUGGCAAUGAAGGAAGUGAUGAUGAGGAUGAGGAUGACGACGACGAAGAUGACGAUGGUGAUGAUGAUGAAGAUGAGGAUGGAGAGGAAGAAGAUGAGGAUGAAGAGGAAGAGGUUCCACAGCCACCUGCUAAAAGGCGGAAGUGA